GUUAGGUCCCACUUUUCACACAUGCGCAGUAGAGUAAUAUCCUACCGGGUAGAAAUGGCGCUGACUUUGGGGAGGCUGCGAUAUUUGCAGUUGUUCUGCAAGCAAAGGCCAGCAGCUUGUGAUGUAUUUUCUCAUAAUUUUCACUUCACGGCAUAUGGAAAGAAGAAUGUUUCUGCCAAAGUAUCUGAUUCAAUUUCAACACAGUAUCCUGUAGUGGACCAUGAAUUUGAUGCAGUUGUAGUGGGUGCGGGUGGUGCAGGUUUGAGAGCUGCCUUUGGCUUGUCUGAGGCUGGGUUUAAUACAGCAUGUAUUUCCAAAUUAUUCCCGACCAGAUCUCAUACUGUUGCUGCACAAGGAGGAAUCAAUGCUGCUUUGGGAAACAUGGAAGAUGAUAACUGGCGAUGGCAUUUCUAUGAUACUGUGAAAGGCUCUGACUGGCUAGGAGAUCAGGAUGCAAUUCAUUAUAUGACAGAGCAGGCCCCUGCUUCAGUUAUUGAGCUAGAGAAUUAUGGUAUGCCAUUUAGCAGGACAGAAGAUGGAAAGAUCUAUCAACGUGCUUUUGGAGGUCAGAGCCUUAAAUUUGGGAAAGGAGGACAGGCUCACCGUUGCUGUUGUGUAGCUGAUAGGACAGGUCACUCUCUGUUACACACACUAUAUGGCCGGUCACUCAGAUAUGAUACCAGCUACUUUGUGGAAUAUUUUGCUCUUGAUCUUCUAAUGGAAAAUGGAGAAUGUUGUGGUGUUAUUGCACUUUGCAUAGAAGAUGGCACAAUACACCGUUUUAGAGCAAAGAAUACAGUUAUUGCCACCGGAGGAUAUGGGCGGACCUAUUUUAGCUGUACUUCUGCUCACACUUGUACUGGAGAUGGCACAGCAAUGGUUACACGGGCAAACCUACCUUGCCAGGAUUUGGAAUUUGUACAGUUCCAUCCCACAGGUAUUUAUGGAGCUGGCUGCCUUAUUACAGAAGGCUGCCGUGGUGAAGGAGGUAUUUUAAUUAACAGUGAAGGAGAAAGAUUUAUGGAGAGAUAUGCUCCAGUUGCCAAAGAUCUAGCUUCCCGAGAUGUUGUAUCUCGUUCUAUGACUAUUGAGAUCCGUGAAGGAAGAGGUUGUGGUCCUGACAAUGAUCACGUCUACUUGCAAUUGCACCAUUUGCCACCACAGCAACUAGCAAUGCGUCUUCCUGGGAUUUCAGAAACUGCUAUGAUAUUUGCUGGUGUGGAUGUCACAAAAGAACCUAUUCCUGUCCUACCUACUGUGCAUUACAAUAUGGGAGGUAUCCCUACAAACUAUAAAGGACAGGUAAUUACACGUGGAAAUGGCAAAGAUCAAAUAGUGCCUGGUUUAUAUGCUUGUGGUGAAGCAGCUUCUGCAUCUGUUCAUGGUGCUAAUCGACUUGGUGCAAACUCACUUUUAGACUUGGUAGUCUUUGGUCGUGCUUGUGCUCUUACCAUUGCAGAAAUAUGCAAACCUGGGGAAUCAGCUCCAUCAAUUAAAUCAAAUGCAGGUGAAGAAUCUGUUGCAAAUCUUGACAAAUUGCGUUUCGCCAAUGGAAAUGUAAGAACAUCAGAACUGAGACUUAAUAUGCAAAAAACAAUGCAAAGCCAUGCUGCUGUGUUCCGUACAGGCCCUGUCUUACAAGAAGGCUGUGAAAAAAUGUCCAGAAUUUAUAAAGAUUUGGAUGAUCUGAAAACAUUUGAUAGAGGUGUUGUUUGGAAUACUGACUUGGUAGAGACUUUGGAACUACAAAAUCUCAUGCUAUGUGGUUUACAAACUAUUUAUGGAGCAGAAGCUCGAAAAGAGUCACGUGGAGCUCAUGCAAGGGAGGACUAUAAGGUUAGGAUAGAUGAAUAUGAUUAUUCUAAACCAAUUCCAGGACAGCAGAAGAAACCAUUUGAGCAGCAUUGGAGAAAACACACACUCUCUUACGUAGAUGUGAAGACCGGGAAGGUUACACUGGAUUAUAGACCUGUAAUAGAUAAAACUCUGAAUGAAGAAGAUUGUGCUUCAGUUCCUCCAGCUAUUCGGUCUUAUUAGUUAUUUUGAUUUGAAUUUUUGUUUUUAAUGCAUAUGCAAAUAUACGAAGCAAAUGUUAUCUAUUGUAGUAGAUAAAAUAGCAGUUAAUUUAAAGCUUUCAAAAUCCAAAAUCUGCUCUAAUUUUUUAUGUUUGAUGUGUGAGAAAGCUGAGUUUUGAGACAUGAGCUACAUACUGCUAUAUCAAAAUGUUCUUGCAUGUGAGUCAGUUUCUAACUUUCUCAGUACACUAGGAAUCUGCUUAUAGCAUACAUUAUUUACAUUCUCCUGUAAUAAAUUUCUAGUGUGUUAUAUUAAGAAACUAUAUGCAUAUGAUGGAAAUGAGGGGCUUUUAUUGAAUGUAAGAGCAUCAUCAGGAUCAGCAAUGUAGAGUAUUAUUUACUAGAUUGAUAUGUGCUUACAUACAUUUAUUACUGCAUUGUAACUUUUAGUAACUAGGUAGCAUUUAAAAAUGUAAUUGCUGCAAUCAUUGUGAUUAUGAAUGUUAUUUCAGAUGGGCUUUUCUUGUUUGUUACAAGCACUAAAACUAAGAGUGUUUUUGAAAAUACUUCCAGCUUAGUAAAAUAAAUAAAGAUAAAUUGAUAAUUAUUGUGUCAGAUCUGCCAUCUUCAGCUUCUAUGCUUUGCUGGCAUCCUGUCAUAAAAUGCUAGGGAGGGAAGACAGGGCAAUGGAAUGUAGAGAGUAGCAAUGAGAGAGAAGAGGGGCUGACAGCCCUGACAGAAACAGAGGUAUGAGAAUUGGUAUGUUCAAGGACA